UCAUGAUAAGAUAUCAUACUAUAAUAGUAUUAAUGUCGUCAGGAAAAUAAUAAAUAUCAUAGUACAAGAACCACGUCUAUGCUACUUAAAACCUUUAAUCGGAUAUCAAAAGGUAUUUUAUUUUGGUCGGCUCGAAUAAUAUCUAUAAUAAAACUAUUUCUUUGAGAGAAAGAUUUGAAAAGAAAAGAAACAGCAACAAAGAAAAGGAGAGUAAAGCAGAGAAUCCCUGGAUUCGCUUCUUUGCCAAGCAAACCACCAAAACCUAUCAAUUUCUUUCUUCUUUCUUCUAUCUUCUCCUCAAGCAAAAUCAUCAUCAAUUUCACCAAAUGUCAAAUUCGAUUCACCGGAGAAGAGUUCCAAAUCCGCUCGGAAACGGUGGCAGGACCUCCAGGACGAGGUGGACGGCGAAACAGCAAGAUUCCGACAAGAAGAAUCGACCAAAAUCGGCUAAUCAUGUUUUCGAGCGAAGCUUCUCGGAGCCGAGUCUUAAUCGCCGCCGAGACGGAGACAGUACUUUCCUGCUGCGGCGACCAUCGCCGAUGAGAGAAUCCGACCCGAUCGUCUCCUUGCCUAGGAUUCGCUCUGAGGUUUUCUCAUCUUCUCCGUCGUUGUUGAGUUUAACUUCACCGACGUCUCCAUCUCCGAUGAAUCAAGAGGCAAAUAAAAGAGAAGCAACAAAAGUAGUAAUCAACGUAGCAGUAGAAGGAAGUCCUGGACCUGUAAGAACAAUGGUUAAAUUAAGUUGCAACGUAGAAGAAACGAUCAAACUCGUUGUGGAGAAAUACUGCAAAGAAGGAAGAACACCGAAACUCGAUCAACAUUCUGUCUUUGAAUUGCAUCAAUCUCAUUUCAGCAUUCAGUGUUUGGAAAAAGGAGAAAUAAUUGGAGAAAUAGGAAGUAGAAACUUCUACCUGAGAAAGAGAGUUCAUGAAGCCGAAGUUUCGUUCGCCGGGAUUACUCCGGUUAGAACGACCCUUAUUUCGUCAUCGAAUUUGAUAGGAUCUUGCAUCGCUCAGAUUAUUGGGAAACUCUUGAGGAGAACGAGAAAGUUAUGGAACAUAUUGGUAUGUAUGCAAUGAUAUUAACCAAAAGUACUUGAGCGUGGCACAUAUAAUAUUUAUUUUCUAUGUUGCUCCAAUCUCAAAGAAUAAGGAGGGUUAUUAUUUAUAAAAUUGUACUAUAUAUAUAGCUCCUAUAAGUUUAUAGAUAUUUAGGUGCUUAUAAGUUUACAGAGCUAGAAGUUUAUUUGAAUGCUUGACCAUAUUAUUGUAAUUCUUGAAAAUUGUCCAUCGCCAUAUUUGAUAUAGUUAUUAAGAAUUAAAAC